CACCAUCUCGCCGCGAUGCAGUCAGAAGGAGGCAGUCCAGAAAUAAAGCGCAAAUCUUCCAAGGUUGAGAGAGGCAGAGAAGCGUGUACGGAAUGUCGCCGCCACAAGAUCCGAUGCAAUCCACGACCAGAUGACCCAAAUCAUCUCUAUCCAUGCUCAAGAUGUGAGCGUAUGAGUCUGACCUGUGAAUUUCAGAAGCAUAAUCGUGGGAGAAAACGCAAGCAUCCGGUGGCAUUGUUGAACGGCGGUUUGAUAGAUCAAGGAUCCAAUGGAGAAGGAUCAUCCCGCGGAGAAUACAUAUCGAAAAGAGAACGGACACCACCUCAAAAUUCAUCACAUUCCUUUGGCGACCCACGAUUCCCUUUUAUAUCGACCGAGCUAGCUGAGCCGACCGGUCCCAGGAAACAGUCAGGGUGGCAUGAGAGUGACCUUGAAGCGUAUCACCGACAUGGUCAUCAGAUGUCUUUACGGCACAUGCUAGCUGACGAGCCGGAUGAUGAUGCUUCUGUGGAUGAGGAGGAAUCUCGAGACGAGCUGUUGGAUGAAGAGGCGGAUGGCGAGAGCUCAAGAAAAAGGUUAAGGGUCGCUGUUCAAAAAGGGUCAGACCUUGUGGAUGAUCCUAUAAGGGCUGGAUUUGUGACAGAGGAGGAGGGGAGAGCUUUGUUUCAUCUGUACUUGACGCACGUGAACACGUCCCUCCCUAUGUUAGACCCUAGCUUUCACACGCACAGCUAUGUCAGAGAGUCGUCCCCUUUCUUGUAUACUGCGAUUCUCUGCAUCAUGUCUCGCUAUCUUUCUUCUGUAUCCCUCAGUGGCCAAGCAGUAUCGCCAGAAUCAGCUCAAUCAGUGCAUCAACAAAUACUUGUUCUCGCUAGAGACCACCUAACUUGGUCAUUCGCAGAGGCCGUCGCGGAUAUCAAUACCGUGCGGGCGAUGGUCAUUCUGUCUCUGCAUAAAGAGCCAGAUGAUGAUAAAGCUGGAUAUUAUGUCAGCAGGGCCAUUCUGAUGGGUAAGGAGCUUAACUUGGGUAGAAUUCCACCCAAGUCUGAAAGUGAUCGGAUGACCGAUAAAGAAUUGCAAUGUCUGAGAUCAAGGCAACGAGUUUGGUUGUGUUUGUUCUUUGUCAACUCCAUCUUUAACAUGCAGUUCCGACAACCGAUGUUGAUACUGCAAAAUGAUCCUCUCGUGGCUACGGCCCAUCACUGGCUUAAACGAAGCCGUCCUGAAACUCUCCUUCGAGACUCGCAAUUAGUCUGUUCAACGGAAUUGCGACGCAAAUACUUGCAUUAUCGUGAUUUGCUAGUUGGGUCAGGGCCUGAUGAAACGACAUACAGAAGUGCUCUAUCGCUGUCUAUUUUGACAAAGACAAUGAAUCAAGACUGGGAUGUCACUUCUGAAGCUUGGAUUAGGGAUAUCAUUGAUGUGGGCGGAACAUCGAGCCACGUCAACAAGCCUCGUAUAUGGACGUCUGCUUUACGUCUCAAUCUCAACCUUCUCAUUGUGAAUCAGACACUCCGAUUGCCACCCGAAGACCAGCUCGACUUCGGUGCCCCUAGCUCAAUACCCGCUUUCCACCAUUGUUUGAACGCGGCUACGACAGUAUUGGUACGGUUUGAAGGGCUUGAUAGACAACAAUUGACCUUUGCAUCGGAUACAUUCUUGCAUUUUGCUCUGUAUGCGGCUACACUUUUGUCUACUCUGUGUCGCGGCCAACACCCUUAUAAAUUCGAAACCGUCGAGAUCGAACAUUGUCGUCGUCUUAUACGUAAAACUGCCGACGCCCUUGAAGGAGCUUCCGCCUAUCCACAUGACUCCCCCGCUCUUCACGCAUACUACCUUCGACGGCUCAACCAAUACCUUCCUCGACCUCCCUCCCAGAACCCCGGAUCCUCUUCAUCCUUCUCCUCGGGCAGCGGUAUGCCCAAGCCAGUUGCUAAUGGCCAGACGGCCAUUGAUCCCAUACUGCAAAACAUGAGUUCCGGCACGACGUCGCUUCAUACAGCGUUGACCAACGCUUUGGGUAAUGAGCUGGAUUUCUUGAUGGCUGAUUUCCCGUGGAUGGAGGGAUCGGGCAUAGAGUGGCUGAAUGAGGGGGAGACUGGUCAGGAACAACCUCAGCAAGUUCAUAUGCCUCCGCAUCCACAAACCGCGAGAAUGUCGUAUGAAACGGGGCAUUUUGGAGCUAUGCCGGAUAAUGGGGGAUUUUGACGUUGUAUUUGAGAAUUUUCUUCUUCUACUAUUCAGAAAGUUGUCUUGUGUAAAGCAUAGCACAUGGUUGUAUGAAUAUAUCCUUGGGUUAUUGAUCUGGCAGUGAUAA